UAAGUACUCCAUAUUAAGUUAAUAAAAAAUGAGUAUUCACGCAAAUGUAGGAUAAAUAUCAUAUAUCUGGAUGUAUACCAUAAAUACCACCGAAGACCACCUCACAGCAGAAGAGAGGUGAUCCUCUGCUUUAUCACCUCAGCACGUGAUCACUAUGAACACCCUCUUCCCCUACUUGAAUGAGUGGUGUGAAUGGAACUUUUGUUGACAAAUCUGCCAGGCACACUAAGAGGGAAUACCAGGGCUGUAAAGGGGAUAAAACCACUGAACAUGCUCAUCCCAUAGCUGGUUCAACAAGUGGAAGAACCUCCAAAACAGCCCGGAGAAGUCGGCCAAAGCGCAAGCUCAAAACUGGUGAUGACAGUGAGGCCGUUGACAGUGCUACUGUCCUGCCAAAACCAGCGGCAGUAACCACUUCUCCUCCCCUGGAACGGGCAGAUCUUGAUGGCGAGAUCAGUAUGGUUGGUAAGGAGACAGGCCCCACUAAACCCACUGCCACUCCCGUGACAGUUGGGGCAGAGGGGGGCCCUAAAACCAGCCGGAAAAAGAAAGGUCAGGGCACACCUACUGCCGUGCCUAAAGCAGUAGCCCAGACCACCAGUUUUGAAGAGCCUCUCAUGACAAAUCAGGGGGCUGUGCUUGGAGAUGACGGAGCCCAAAUAGCAGCCACUCCCACGCCUUUGGCAGCGUCUAAAGUGCCAGUUCCGAAGGCUAAGCAAAAGGGGGAAAGCAAGGGUGAACCGUCGGGUAAAGAACCACCCAAGGCAUGGAAACCGCCGUUCAAAGCGUUGAAGCCUCCCAAUUCUGACAGCCCCGAUUACAUGCGGCUUUGGAAUGCAAAAAAGGCGCUCUAUGAUGGGGAAAACAAAAAGAUUGCGGACAAACAUAACGUGCACAAGGAACUAGCCGCUUACAACACAAAACACUAAGGGAGACCAGAAGGGGGUAUGCCCCCAUGCAUUGUAUGUUUACCUUAUGGAUGUACACUAUGUAUUGACUCUUGGAUUUUAAUAAUUUACAUUUUAUUCU